UGAUCCUUCGGACUUGAUUUGCCUCACGCUUGCUUCGGGCGGUCCCACAGUGUCGCAAAAAUGGUGUACGUAUUCAACCCGGUGGAUACUGCGUCUGAAUUUCUGGUUGGUGCUGCUGUGCUCAUCGCUUUGGUAUGCCUGUGGCAGUACAGGCGAAAUGUGAUGAUAGCCCUGACGGGCGACGACAAGCUUCACGGUUCUUGCUUGGACUGCAUAUGGUGCUGCUUUUGUCAAUGCUGCGGAACCUGCACUUGUGAGUGGACCCGAAAUUUGACGAUGUGCGGCUUCUGCCCUCGCAGAAUGCGUAGGCAGAAUUUGGUCAAGGUCCUGGGCAAGUGCUUGGGUCUCUCAACCUACACAGUGGAGUUGAGGAACAUAGUCGUUGGUGACCUUCCAUUUGAUGGCCGUGGGGAUAUCUAUUUGGCCGUGGAAUGUGCAGUCAAUCCCGCCAUGAAGACCUCUGUGGCAGAGGACAGACAGGGCAAGGUAAUACAUUUUCCUGAAAUCCUGACCGUGCGUGUGCGGAAUAACUGGCUCGAAGCACCAGUUCGGAUCAAGGUGAAGCAGCUCAAUCUGUUCGCCUCUGAAGAUCUUUGCACAGUUACAGUUGGCGCAACGAAGGUCAUUUCCUGGGCAAGUGACCCGGACCAAAGGACGAAGCGCUUUCAGAUGAAGACGGUGGGCUACGCCCUGGACAGAGAGACUCCUCCCUGGAUCCUUGUAGAGUUCGGAGAGCCCACGGAGGUUCGAGACAUUGAGAAUGUGAAGUCCAUGGACACAAUCCGGACCGCCACGAGGGACGCCCAGCCAAGAGACCACACCAUUGCUCAGUAUAAGCACACGUACUACUUGCUGGAUGCUGGAGGCCAUGCCAUCGAAGAGCCCUUCGAGGAGGAUUUGUCAGAGCUCAGGACCAUGCGGAGCAAUGCUACCUGGUGCUGGCAUACGUGCUGCUGCGGCACCAUAUCUGUUGUUCUGCUCUAUUUUGUGAUUCGCUCUUACGUCGGGUCCUGCUACAUGCGCUUCAGCUGGCUGACGAUGGCCGUCCUCAACAAUGCCACCAAAAUGACCAGGUUUCCCAUCAGCAUCCACAACAUGGAGAUGAUUGGUCAAGAGUGCGAGGCUGAAACACAAGGCACUGGGCUUCAAGGUGUGCCAUGUCGCCCCAGCCUUGAGCAAGUGAACGUCCUUUGCCAAAGCACUGCAUUCCUUGAUAACGUUCACCAACCGUGGCCACGCGCGUGGAGUGGCUCCAAUUUGUUGUACUUCCUGGACAGGUUUUUUGGCGAGGGCGGGGUUUCAAUCUCAGCAUGAUUUGUCACUUGCUGCCUUGCGCAUCUGCUGCCCAGGUUGGACUGCGAUGUGUGGAGGGAGUCUGCAACGUGCGAAGUUUCCUUGUGACUCAUGAAUGGGCCUUAAUAUUUUGCUGUCUUGUUCUGGCAAAUUGUCGCCUGGGACUUGCGUGCAGGUGCCAAAAUCGCUGUUGCACUGUUCCAGAUACUGUCCGAGGAAUAUCCGAUCAUAGGCAUUUGCAUUUUUAUCCUUUUCAGCAAUGUCAUUAUGGGUGUGCCUGGCUCGUGGUUUGAACAAGAUGCCACUUUGCUGAUUUCAUUCACCGUCGGCUCCACAAGCAUGUUUUUGUGAGCUCGCGUCGCACUGCCGAGUGGGGGCCCAGGUGUCCAUACCAGAGGUAAAGCUGUCAGUGGGGAGCAGGAACUGGCCAACAUUUGCAUCCAUCAUCUGCAUGCCGGAUGAACGCCCGCAAACAAAAUGAAGAGAGCUGCAUUGACUGAGAUAUUCGAACACCAGUCAGCCUACGAUAGGGGUGACACUAAAGCACGAUGCCUUCAUUGGAGUGACCUUUCGGUGAUGUACUAGGUUUUGGUAGUUGCUUAGAUAACGACAACUCAGUUCUGCCUGUGGCCAGCUGAGCGAACGGUCAAGCUAUGCCAGGAUGGAUUUGCGACUGCCGAAUCGCCCAUGUAAAGGCUCGAAAGCUACAGGCGCGGCAAGAAGCGGCCGUGCAGUUCAGAACAAAACACCUCGAGCAGCAGCAGCGGCUGAGAAACAGUUGGCUUGGAGCAAUUGGAGCAAGCUGAGUCAGCCACAUUUGUAGUCAGGAGUCAGGAGACCAAAUGGUCACCUUAAUUCAAUUGCAUAGAAGUCAAAGAUUCGCUUCCAGGAAUGGGGCGCGGCCUUGGUCUUGGCUUUGAAGCCCAGCCAAAAGUGCACAAUGUGUAGUUUGCCGGACUGCGCAGCCAGUGUACACAAGCAACCAGUUUGUUGGCGCAGUAGUGUAGCAAUGUGCAAAGAAGGUCGCAAACGCUAAAGGGAUUGGCAUCCU